AUGGCCUGGCGCUGGGCCGCGAUCAGUAGCGCGGUGGGCAUGGCCUUGGCCGCCGGACCUGCCUUUACGUCGACGCUCGUGCAGCUCGACCGGUGCACGCCGUCGUCGACGACCGCGGCUUGCCUCGCGUACGAGCGCUGCAAGGCGACGCAUCGCUGUGGCCGCGCGGUCGAAGAGUACACGAUCGCGACGGCGACGCUGCAGAGCUUUGGGCAGCAGUUUUCCGAGGGCAACCGCACGGCCAUUCCGCUCAUGAACGACUUUGAGGACUGGAAGACGGGCAUGCUCGGCUGGCGCAUAGCGCCCAGUACGUCGUCUGGAAGAGACGUAGGCUUUGCGCCGCCGACGCCCUUUGGCCUCUCCUCGUUCGCGUGGCCGGUCCUCGGGUCGCUCGAGCUCGCGCACGGGACGCUUCUCAUUGACACGACGACCGCUCGCAUCAGCGGCGACGUCACUCUGCAGGGCGUCGUGACGCAAACGGCCGCCAACACGACGGUCGCCGUCUUCAAUUUCCUCACGCUCUACCUCGGCGACCAAGUCCGCGUGCAGCUUAAAGGCGCCAACGCACUCGCGCUCCUCAGUCGCAGCAGCGCGGUCAUUGACACACCGCUCGUCGCACCCAGCAGCGUGCGCGCGUACGUGCAUACCAUCUCAACAACGGCGACGGUCGCGCCAACGAUCCAGCAAGUGACCACCCGCGCGGCCCCGGGCCAGACCAUCCGAGGAAGCUUUGUGCUGCAGCUGCGCCACGUCAAUUCAUCCGAAAUUCCCUUUGACGCGUCGGCGCUCGACGUCAAGCGAAUCAUAGAAGACAGCUUUGCGUCCGUCCACGUGGGCGUGGUCGAAGUCCAUAAAAUCGGCCAAGACGUCGCCAGUGUGGGCCGCACGUGGCGCAUCACGUUCUUGACGGCCGCCGGACAAGUACCGCUGCUCGCGAGCUUUUCUCGACUCACGGGACUCGACUCGACCGUCGAAACGAGUCUUCUCUCCCCAGGCAACCAACUCGACGGCUUCUUUCGCCUUGGAUUCCUUGGGCAGCUGUCGCCGCCGAUUGCGUACAACAUCAAGCCUCGCGCGUUCGAGUCGCUCUUACUCCAGGCUUUCAAUCUCACGACGGCGUACGUGCAGCGCUCGGACCCACUCGACCAGUGCGCCCAAGGAGGCAUCGUUGGCCAGCCAAGUCCGAGUGAGCCUGCGUGGCUCUUGCCCGACUCGGCCAGUCCGUCGCCGCCGCUCUGUGGCUCAGCGCCGUCCACUGUGCGCGGCUAUAUCUGGAACGUUCAAGUCACAACGACGCGCGGCAACGUCAGCCCCACGAGCCCCACAACGUUCUUGACGCCGACACCUCUCGACGCGUUCGUGGCCGUCACCGCCAACUCGGAAGGCCCAACGCUGCUCGGCGCCGGCGCCUCGGUCAUCAUCUCGAGCGCGCUCGGGUUUUCCAUGGCCUACGGUGGGGCCGGUGGUGCUUACGGUGGUGUUGGUGGCGCUGGAUAUAGCAGUCCACGACCUCCGUUGACCUACGGGGACGCGGCGAUAUCAGACCUUAUUGGCGGAAGUGGCGGCGCCGGUGGCGGCCAAGUCGCCAUCGAUAUUUUGCCGCAUCCGAGACCCAUCCUAGGGGGCGCAGGUGGCGGUGCCAUGUACAUUGGCGCCGUCAAUGAUGUGACGAUCGGACCGUCGGGGCUGCUCACGGUAAAUGGCGCCCCGGGCGAGGCCGGUUUCUUUCCCGGCGGCGGUGGCAGCGGUGGCGGCGCUGGCGGCAGCAGCAGCCAAUAUCCGCUCGGCGGCGGUGCGGGUGGCGGCGGGCGCAUCAGCAUCCAAGCCCAUGCCUACGCCGUCGCACCGACCGGUGCGAUGCUCUCGCAAGGCACGCUGCACUUGGACCUUCAGACCCAACUCCAGUUGUCCCACGACCCGUUUCGAGGCGCGGCCCAAACCGCCAAAUCGCUCUACUUGGCCAAGUACACGUUGGACCCAAACCCGCGCAUGGAAGGCCCCGCGUACGCGUUCCCGCCGUCGCGGCCGGCGCGCAUCUCGUACUUUACGAUGGUCGGCGCGACGCAAGAAGGGACGCUUGCUACGAACCGAGGUGCGGUGUUUGGGGCCAUCGGCGAUGCCGACGCCACGACCUUCGUGUGGGCCAUUGGACUCGUCAACGGCCGCUUCACGUACGGAGCAGGGCUUUCGAAGCACGCGCAGCCGCUUCGCGAGCUCUACACCGAACCCGUGGUGCCUUUCCGAUGGUAUCAAGUUGAUGUUUUCAUGGACUGGACACGCUACACGCUCUCGAUCCGACUCAACGGCGUCACGGUGGCUACCAACGUGGCCUUUGCGACAGACACGCUCGCGACGGUCGGCAUCUACCUCGUCGAUGCGAUGCAGACGUGGUGGGAUGAGAUCUACGUUGGCAGCGACGAGACGCUGCAGUUUGCAUGUCCCCGCAUGCACCCCGUCACGGGUCGACUCUCGGUGGCUCCGCGACCGCGGCCGCUUUGGAACCCGGCCGUUCUAGGGCCGACCACCGCGUUCAGCGCCAAGGUCCGCCAUGCAAGCCACGUCUCCGCCCGCGCUAUCUACCGUUACAAUGACGGCGGCUUGGUCCCGAACGAUGGACCCGCGCACCGGUCGUACUUGAACGAUAUUCGAGAUGCGCGAACCUACGACGGGUCGGACGACACGCUCAUCGGUCUCGGCGAGCUACUGCACGUAGCACUGCCAAUGGACCCGUCGAUCGUGCCACCGUUAACGCCCAGCCCGGACGCGCCGCCACAGGCGACCUUGCGCACCCCCGACGAGACCGCCUACUGGUACAGUGAAGUGUACCAUGGCAGUAGUGGCGGCAUCGGCGCCUGCUCGACCCAUGACGGCGGUCGUACGUGGCGCAACGAGGGCGUGAUGCUGCAUUUCGCCAACUUGAGCGACCCCUUUGGCAACACGCUGCAACGGUCGCUGCGCGGGUGGUUUUUAACGCGAACGGCCAAUUUGUCCUGUGGCUGCACGUCGACAACGCUGCAAAUCAGUGGCGUCGCGGUCGCCGCGUACCCCAACGGGCCGUUCCAGUUUCUUAGGAGCUUCUACCCGAUGGCCGCGACCGAGGCGCCGGGGGGACAGCCCAUCAACGAAACUCACGACCACACGGUCUUUUGCACCAGCAAUACGGAAGCCUACCUCGUGCAGAGUUACUUCAAGACGGUCGAGUACUGGCUGCCGCGGCCCAUCAUGGACCCGCUCUGGGAAAGCGUCAAGCACGCGGACGGCUCGACGUACUUUGCGCUCAAUUACCACCGCGCCUUCUUCUCCGAUGCGUAUGACAACGUCGACGACAUUUACCUCCAGCGCUUUCGGUCCGAAGACAUUGACUGGAGCAUCUCGUGCUGCAACCGCACAACGCAUGUGUGCUCGACCAGCGUCGUGAUUGCCAAUCGGUACUGUCCGCCGCAGUACCGCAAACAAGUCAACGGCCAAGGCCAGGGCGGACGCUCGAUCCAGUCGCGCUACAAGGACCCCAAUGACCCCGAAAACAACGCGUUCCGAGCGCACUCGGUGCCGUCGCACACAGACUGGGGCUUCUCCGUCUACAACAUCAAGACGUGGCGGGGCACGUACUUUGAUGCGCUCUCAACCAACAUCACGCGGCUCCUCUUUGAAACGUUUGCGGGCAUGUCGAGCGCCUACGCGACGCCUCCGUCCCUCCAAGUCACGUACCCGCUGCCAGGCGAGAGCGCGCCGUAUAUCAACGUGACGGACCCGCCCAACGUCCUCGAGUUGAUCCUUGAGACGAUGGGCGUCCCGCUGCCGCGGUCGUUCGUCGCCAAGUUUGACGACUUUGAUAUCAAGUACAUUGACGGGAACGGCGACGGCAAAAUUACGCUGGACGAGCUCGCGACGCUGGUACCACACGCAAACAAAGGCAUCAAAGUGCUGAGCACCGCGACGUACAAUCUGUUCCAGACAGAGUUUGCGGCACUGAAACGCGCCCAGCUCCAAGCGCUCAACCCGAACGGGGACGACAAAGUGACGUACGCAGAGUUUGCUGCGUGGAUCGGCAACGACCCUGGCCUCAUGUUUGACCGCUUUGACUUGGACAAAUCCGGGUACUUGGACGAGAACGAGCUCUCGCGCUUCUUCAUCGACCGCCAGCUUCCGCGCUUGGACCUAAUUUCGAUCCUUCUGGACCCUGACUUUGACGGCCGCGUCUACUACGACAUGUUUGAGAGCUUUGUCCUCAACGCCACGACGGUGCUCUUUGUGCAGUACGAUUUUGACCGCUCCAACAGCCUUGACAGCGGCGAAAUCGCACUGCUUGAAGCCGACCUCGGCGUCACCUUCCUCGACACGUCGGUCCUCGCACGGCUCGUGGACCCGACUUCGCAACUGUUGACCUUUUCCGCGUACCAGCAGUGGAUGAGCGCUUCGACAAGCCUCGUCCAUGACCGCGUCCAGCAGUACAAAAUCGACAAUGCAAUCGUGUCGACGCGACCCGACCGGAUGACGGGCCCUCUCCACGUCGUCGAGCAGCGCCGGGCAAAAUAUCUCAGCAUCUCACGCCUCGCACCCGACUUUCUCUCGACCGAGGCCCUCGUGGUUGAAAUGGAAGGCGACUUUGACGGCGAGGGCUCGCUCGUUGACUUUGCGCGCUUCAAUAUUCCCUUUGCCGAUCUCAGUGCUCUCGCAACACCCCCGCGCACUGUACCCUUUCGUCAAUUUCUCGCACCCGCCGACUUUGGUCACGUGGCGAGUUACUGGAACGGCUACCAAUGGGAGCUCCGACCGUCGGCGCCCGCUCGCUUCACCUACGGCACCGAAUGUGCGACGCUCACGCCGACCAACAACGCCGACUGUCUACCGUGCGCGUCGCAGUCGCCGUACAUGUCUCCGCUUGUCCUGCAGUACCAAAGCCUCGUGCCGACGCUGGACCAGUGUCGCAACGACAAGGCGCUCGAUGCGUACAUCAAGCAGUUUGACCAGCAAGUGUCAAUCACGCUUCGCUUCCAGCAAGUGGCGCAGCUGACCUCGGCGGGUGUCCAGCCGCACUAUACGCCGUGCUUCAACCAGUCCGAGUCGGUGCCGUGCGAUGUGUUCCAGGCGUACGAAGGCGGCGUCGGCGAUGCGUCGCAGGCCACACCGUGGAAUGUGGCGUGGGACCGGAGUCCCCGCAACGUCGGCACGUCAACGAAAUUGCGCGCGAGUCCGAUGCAGUCCACGUCGUUUGGGCAAACCUUUGCCGAACGGUACCCGGAUCGAUCCCGAGCUCCGCCAAGUACACUCGAUAUCAACUCGACCAACGUGCCCGACCAAUACGGCAACGUCCUCGGCGGUGGCUAG